AUGCACAGUCCAAGCACCGAGUCGUUCUUCUUCCAUCCGAACUUCGUGCGGGCGUCGUCUCCAAUCGAGAUUCCGAGGCGCACCGACGAGAUGCAAGCAGGCACCCGUAACACUGGAUCUUCCGAACGUCCUCUGUCGCCUGAGCUCAUUUUCGAGCUGGAAUUGGCCUCGUGGGACUCGGCACUGAAUACAAACUACACAUACGGUCUCACUCUCACACGAAGUCCCCAGGAAGAUUCGGGCGCCCUUCUCUAUACCUUUCCUCGCGUCUCUUCCCGUCACGCAGGACACGCAGACCUCGCCCUUCCCCUCGCGAGCCAGGUCUUGGCACCUAUUCCUAUCGCUCAUCAGGUCAUUCAUCGGAAAAUAGAGGCACCGCCUUCUCACAACUGUGACGGGGCACGACCACACCUGCCCUCAGACCCUUCUCAUGCCAUCCGUGCGGUUCCCGUGCAUCGAAUCGCCGGUUUCACUCCCGAGCCUAGCCCAGCCCUUCCGAACGAGAACCGCGUGAAAAUCCCCACUCUGACUCCGCGUUUUGCCCCUCCGACUCUGUGGCAUCUCAGCGACACUCUGAAUGGCAAACAAAGAGCGUGUCUUCCAAAGACGGGCGCUCAUCGCAGCCGGAGACUCGCGGUUCUCGGAGACACCGGCCUGCCCCGCUGCGUCGCUCGUCCUCGACGUCGCAUCAUGGCUGGCAGGAUGAAGACUCCUUCGCUAAUUUCCUGCGGCGGAGACUGGAGGGCCGGUUCCGGCCUGUCGUUUACCAUUCCUUCCGAAGCGGCGACCUUCAAGCCAAAUGAACACUUCUCGUUAUCGUCAUCAGCAGUGAGUAAGGCUCGAAUCGUUUUGCGACUUUGGAGCUGA